GGAAUUCCCCAACAUCUAGCAUUCAGGUUUUGUUUACAAAUCUUUGCAAAAUGUUGCGCGAAGACAGCGUCCUGCACACCGCUAUAAGAUGUAUUUGUGGAUUAUAUUUUAUGCUACAAGGCUUCGUUCAAACUGACGCUGUCGGGAAAAUACUUUUCCCCAAUAUUCAUAACGUCUUUGUUGUGAAUUAUAAAGAAUAUGUUCGUUCCAUCCCAUGGCAACAUAACAACAUAACUGGUGAUACCUUCCGCCAGUUUAAUGGAUGCACCAUGCUAAUAUGCGGUUUUCUCCUUGUAUUGAACAAGUACGUCAAAGUGUCGAGCUUCGUAAUGCAUGUUAUGGCUCUAUGGUCGGUAUACGCACAUAUGUUAGCAAGUGACUCAACAUACAUGGCUGUGUGUGGAGGUGUCAUAUCUACACUCAUGUUGUUCAUGUGUUUUGCACAGAAGAAGGAAAAAGAAGAUUAAACUUGAAUUUCUGAUGGAUGGAAAUAAGACAGGUUGUUUCAUUCUUAGGCGUAAUAUUAGGGGUGUUUGGGAUGGCAUGUUUUCCCAAUUAUUCAAAUAAUGACUAUGAGUAAAUGCAUUUGCAAUGCUACCCAAAUUUGUCCCAAAUUCCAAAACAUGUUUCGCCUGCGAUGGUAAAUGUAGAAUGUAAUAAUCAAAUGUACAUUUACCUCUAAUAUUAGCUUUUAUACGGUUAAGUUUUUAAUCGAGUAUUUCUUCUUUAACUUUUAUUGUUUGUAAUGUUCCUAUAAUAUAUUUAUUAAUUAAUAACUAACUCUAUUUAAAAAAACACAAGUUUGAAUUUCUUUGUCAAUUUAUUCUUCGCGUAAUUUACAAUCAAGUUUUUUAUUUUUUACUUUUCUAUUUCUAAUAUUCCAUUUGCUUUAAUGUAAAUAUCACAAGUUUUAGUUUUGUUGUCAAUUUAUUCUACACAUAAUUCACUUUUUAACAGAAACAAUGUAAAGCUUUUUACACGGCGUAAGUCUCAAAGGCCACCCACUAAUAAAAUUAAACUAAAA